AUGGCCCUGAGCUACCCCAUGGCCGUGGGCCUCAACAAGGGCCACAAGGUGACGAAGAACGUAAGCCAGCCGAGGCACAGCCGGAGGCGCGGGCGCCUCACAAAGCACACCAAGUUCGUGUGGGACAUGAUCGGGGAGGUGUGCGGCUUCGCGCCCUACGAGCGGCGCGCCAUGGAGCUGCUCAAGGUGUCCAAGGACAAGCGCGCAAGCGCGCUCAGGUUCCUCAAGAAGCGGGUGGCACGCAAGCACGUACGCGCCAAGAGGAAGCGGGAGGAGCUGAGCAACGUGCUGGCGGCCAUGAGGAAGGCUAAGGCCAAGAAGGACUGA